AUGCAAAUUGAAUUGGACGCACUGAUCUUGAAUCUCAAAGUGAAGACCAUCGACGCUGGCUCUGACGUGGGCGGAACAUGGCACUGGAAUACUCAUCCGGGCGCUCGAGUUGACUGCCCAGCUCCGGUAUACAGCUUCAAUAUCGAGGAGGUUUGGAAAAUCUGGAAUUGGUCAGAACAAUACCCAGCACAACAGGAACUGCAAGCAUAUUCUCGGCACGUUGAUUGUACACUAUCCGUUAGUAAGGACUGCAUAUUCAACUCAGGCGUCAUUUCGGCAAAGUUUGAAGCAUCGAAGUGGAUCAUACAAACAGACAAUGGGAAGACACUGCGGGCCAAAUAUUUUAUUCCGGCGGUCGGGUUUGCUUCGAAACAACAUGUCCCACCCUGGAAAGGUAUGAAGUCUUUCCGGGGUACAAUUCACCACUCGGCCCACUGGCCCGAGGAAGUAGACGUGCGCGGAAAGCGUGUCGCGAUCAUAGGUACAGGCUCAACUGGAGUUCAAAUUGUCCAGGAAUGGGCCAAAGAGGCUUCCAAAACAUACGUCUUUCAAAGAACCCCAAAUCUUUGUCUACCGAUGCAUCAAAAAAAGCUCGACUGGAUCGCUCAAGACAAGAUGCUCGCUGAAACAGCGGAACUAUUUUCCCGCUGCUGGGAGACCUCAGGAGGCCUAGCAUAUGAAGGGGAAUGUGACAAGGCCUUGAAUCAGCUUUAUGACGAGGGCGGCUUCCGAUAUUGGGCUGGGGCAUAUAUGGAUCUACUCUUGAAUUCCGAAAGAAAUCGAGUGGCGUACGACGUCUGGGCUAAGAGAACCUGUGAACGCAUCAAUGACCCCAUGAAAAGGAAUCUACUGGCUCCUCUCAAUCCACCGCAUCCUUUUGGCACAAAGAGACCUUCCCUUGAGCAGGAUUAUUUUGAACAAUUUAACAAGCCCAAUGUCCAUGUAAUCGAUACCAAUACCCAUCCCAUUGUGGAAGUGACACCCUGCGGUCUUGUAACUACCGAUGCAAAGCUUCACGAAGCUGAUAUCAUUGCAAUUGCCACUGGGUUUGAUGCGAGCACCAGGAGCCUUGGAAGCAUGGGAAUUUGCGACACUGAUGGAGUGAAUCUUGGUGAACGCUGGCGCGAGGGCGUCUCAACUUUCCUGGGACUCACAGUUCCCGGUUUCCCUAAUAUAUUUUUGCCAUAUUGUGCUCAGGCACCGACUCCGUUCACAAAUGGGCCUGUUUUCAUAGAAUUUCAAGCAAACUUUAUUAGGGAUAUGAUAAAGAAGAUGCAAUCGGACGGCACUCAAGCAGUUGAACCUCACUCGGCCGCAGUGCAGGGCUGGCGAAUUCAAAUGGAAACAAUAUCUCAGAUGACCUUGUUUCCUCAGACGAAAUCGUGGUAUACGGGUGCUAACAUCCCCGGGAAACCUGUGGAGCUACUCUAUCAUUACGGUGGGAUUCCUAGGUAUCGCGAUGCGUGCGAGGAAGCAAUCCACCGUAAAUUCCACGAAUCCUUCAAAUUUCAUGUUUAG